ACUAGUUGCCAUGGGUGAGCCGUAUCCCGGUGAUGAGCCACUUCCCCGGGAAUGACAUUACCUGCCAAGGUGAUGUACCAUGUGACAAGAUUAUAUGGAGGUGAAUAUUCUGCGCACUGAGUCAAGAAGUAGCAAACCUUCUUCAACCCCCCAUCUGAGGAGCAGCAACAUUACAGAGCCGACAGCAGGCAGGAAAAAUAUUGCACGAUGACAAGGUGAGUUUGUUUAAUGUCUCUUUAUCUCUCUUACUGGCUAGAGCAUUGAAGACUGACUUUCGCCAAAUUGACGAGAAAGUGUAGUGGAGAAUCAUGCUUAGGCUCAUUGUCAACAAACAAGCGUUCAAGGCCAUCAGCAUUCACCCCUACCAUUCACAUAGGGGCUUUGGCACCGUUCCAGUAAGAUCGGGGGUUCGAUAGCAUACAAAUUGCACUCUAACUGGGUGUCGCAGAGACGAAACACCGAUAGUGACAGUCAUCAUGUUAACGAUCACCACCAUGAUAGCAGCGGUGGGUGUGCGGGCUUCGGGUCCCCUCCAGGCAUCACCUGGAAAGACUUUGUCCAACUCGAUAAGGUGCGCUCGGCAAUUAGAGUUCUGAUACCGGAUAUUGUACUGAGAUUUCUUAGGAUGUUUUUAAUAUCAAACUGAAGCUCGACCACAUUCAAUCUGGACAGAGCGAGAUGAGAGCUGAUGUUAAAGUCCUUAACAGCAGGAUGGACAAAAAUUUGACAAGACCGAUAGUAAGAUUGACCGUGUGUUCUACGGUGUUAUUACUACUCUUGUUGGGUUUGUCUUGAAAGGAGGGUUCGAUUAUUACCAGGCCUCCAAGAAGUAGGCUUUGGCAUAGGUAACUGCAGUGGAGUCCAUUCAUUUGAAAAGAUUGGUGACUGAUUGGUAUGAUAUAGAUGUGACUCUUUCCAUGGCCUUGGGGUUGAUUGGUAGGCAAUGUCAUUGAUAGACUUUUUUUCUUUUUUCUUCAUCAAUUGACGCAUAGGAUACGGUGCUACGGGAAUUUAUUUGGUACGCUAGGCAAUUAAGCAGCGAUAGAAUAGGCAAUUCUAUUUAAUUGAUUUUCCUCCC